GUAACAGUCAUGUGACGGUCAACUAUGGCUUCCCUCUCGUAGUGAUGGAGGCGCAUCGUUGACAACAAAACAAAACUGUUAACAUUACUCACGAAUUUGUCCGCUGACAGAAGUUAGCUCCACGAUGCAGAAGAUUAAGUCUCUUAUGGCCCGGCAGGGCCUGAAAAGCCCCCAAGAAAGCAUGGCAGACCUCAGUCCUGUGGAGAACCUGAGGAUCCCGAGCAAGGAGGAGUUGCGGGAGCUGAGGGAGCAGCCCAUUGACCCCCAGGCGGAGCAGGAGAUCAUCGAGAGCAUCGAGGAGGUCUACUUCUCUAACGACUCCUUCGACAUGGUGCAGCACGAACUGGAGAAACUCCCAGCUGAGCUGAACCUGCAGGAGCUGGAGGAGUACAGAGACAAGCUGAAGAGACAACAGGCAGCAGUUUCUAAAAAGGUCGCCGAUCUCAUUCUGGAGAAACAGCCUGCUUAUGUCAAGGAACUGGAGCGAGUGACGGCGUUACAGACUAACCUGCAGCUGGCAGCAGUCAUUUGCACUAAUGCAAGGAGGCAACUGAGUGUUGCAAAGGAGGGAUUCACAGAAGCCAGUCUGGGUUUACUGGCCAAUCAGAGGAGACGACAACUGCUGACAGGCCUGCUUAAGUCACUGAGGACCAUCAAGACGCUGCAAAGAACAGAUGUAAGACUCAGCGAGAUGCUUGAGGAGGAAGACUAUCCAGGUGCAAUCCAGCUCUGUCUGGAAUGCCAGAAGGCUGCCAGCACCUUCAAACACUACAGCUGCAUCAGCGAACUAAAUUCCAAACUGCAAGACACUCUGGAGCAAAUAGAGGAGCAGCUUGAUGUCGCCUUGUCAAAGACUUGUAAGCACUUUGAUGUGUCGCACUACACCAAGGUCCAGCUGGCCUACACGCUCCUGGGCAAGACACAGACUGCUAUGGACCAGCUGCACAUGCACUUCACCCAGGCCAUCCACAACACAGUGUUCCAAGUGGUGCUGGGAUAUGUGGAGCUGUGUGCCGGCAACGCUGAUACCAAGUUCCAGAAGAUGCAGUACAGGGACCUGUGCACACAUAUUACCCUGGACAGCUACAUUCCCUGCCUGACAGAUCUAUGCAAGGCUUUGUGGGAGGUUAUGCUGAGCUACCACCGCACCAUGCAGUGGCACGAGGAGCAUGACAAACAGGAGACCACACCCAUUCCAGAUGAUACAGCGGCAGCGGAGUCUGAUGAGUUGGUGGUGGACCGUAGCUAUGUAAAGAAGAAGCUGGAGCACGGACUGACACGGAUCUGGCAGGAUGUCCAGUUGAAAGUGAAGGCCUACAUCCUGGGGACAGACAUGUCAAACUUCAAAUACGAUGAUUUCAUAGUGGUUCUGGAUGUCAUCAGCAGGUUGAUGCAGGUGGGGGAGGAGUUCUGCGGCAGCAAGUCAGAGGUCCUGCAGGAGUCCAUCAAACGCCAGAGCGUCAACUACUUUAAAAACUAUCACAGGGCACGGCUGGAAGAGCUGAGGAUGUUUCUGGAAAAUGAAACAUGGGAACUGUGUCCGGUCAAGUCUAACUUUAACAUCGCCCAGCUCCACGAGUUUAAGUUCAUGGGCCAGUGUCGUUCUCCGUCCGUUUCCCCAAGCAGACAGGCCGUGUCCUCGACCAGCCCGGCUCAGGAGGAGCUGUCUCUGUUCAAGCAGUACCUUCAGGACGGGAACCCCUUUGAGAUGCAUGCUGAGCACAAAGAGGAGGAGACUGAGGAUGUGCUGGCAUCUAACGGGUACGAGUCAGAUGAGCUGGAAAAGAGCGUGUAUCAAGAUUAUGACAGCGACAGUGAUGUCCCUGAGGAGCUUAAGCAGGACUACGUUGACGAGCAGACGGGCGAUGUCCCCCACAAGAGUGCGUCCCGAGAGACCAUAAGAAGUAAGAAAAAGUCAGACUACAACCUAAAUAAGACCAAUGCACCGAUCAUCACCAACACCACCCUGAACGUCAUUCGGCUUGUCGGGAAGUAUAUGCAGAUGAUGAACAUUCUGAAGCCGAUCGCCUUUGAUGUCAUCCACUGUGUGUCACAGCUCUUUGACUACUACCUGUACGCUGUAUACACCUUCUUUGGACGAAAUGACAUGUAUGAGUCAUCAGGCCUGGGUCUUAUCAGCAGCAGACUGAGAACCACACUGAACCGGAUCCAGGAGAGCCUCAUUGACAUGGAGGCAGUGGGGGAGAAUGCAGGAGUCCACGGGCCAGCGGAGGACAGGAAGGAGAAAGUGCCCAGCCCCCAUCUCAGCCAACUGGUGGUCCUCACUAACAGUGGGACUCUUUAUGGCCUAGCACAGAGGGUGGUAGCCACUGAGUCUCUUGUGUUUCUGGCUGAACAAUUUGAAUCCCUCCAGUCCCACCUGGAUACAAUGAUGCCUGCAGCCAAGAAACCCUUCCUGCAACAGUUUUAUUCCCAGACGGUGUCUACAGCCAGUGAGCUUCGGAAACCAAUAUACUGGAUUGUUGCAGCCAAGGCCAUCGACUACGAACAAAUGUUGCUCUUGAUGGCUGGAGUUAAAUGGGACAUUAGGGAGAUAAUGUCACAGCAUAAUGUAUAUGUGGACGUCCUGUUAAAGGAGUUCGAGCAAUUCAACAAGCGGCUAGGUGAUGUUUCCAGACAUGUGCGCAUCCCACUGCCUGUGUCCAACGUCCUGUGGGAGCACUGCAUCCGUCUGGCCAACAGGACUCUUGUAGAAGGCUAUGCUAAUGUUAAGAAAUGUAGCAAUGAGGGCCGAGCCCUGAUGCAGCUGGAUUUCCAGCAGUUCCUCAUGAAGCUGGAGAAGCUGACCGACCUGCGACCCAUCCCUGAUAAAGAGUUUGUUGAGACCUACAUCAAGGCCUACUACCUGACGGAGAAUGACAUGGAGCAGUUUAUCAAGAAUCACAGGGAGUACUCCAUGAAGCAGCUGGCCAACUUGGUGAACGUUUGCCUGGGCUCACACAUAAACAAGAAGGCUCGUCAGAAACUCCUGGCGGCCAUCGAUGACAUUGACAGACCCAAGAGAUAGACUGAUGAACAGAGCAGACCCUGAACAUAUCAACCAGCCACAGAGAUGGACACUCCAAUGGAGGAACUCCCACAGUGAAUGUCUUCAUUUUCAGUUUAGAGCAUACAACAAGCUUUACGGUACACACAGAAGUGUAGCUACUAUAUACAUCAAUUGUUAGUCAAAUGCUAAUUAUCUAUUAACCUACUGUCCUUAUGUGGUCAAAAACACAAACUGCCACUUGUUGAAUGCACCUCUUGGCGUGCUUAUGGGCAUAAAUGCUGCAACUUUCACUCUCAAGCAUGCUGCAGUUACUCUACAGUAGAUAUACCAUAAUGCAUGGCCUCUCGUUCAUUAAACAAACAUGCCGCUAAUGGAGUUUCUCUGCAAAAUGUCAGCAACCACAAACAAUUUCAAUCUCUUCAAUGACCAUAAGGAACAGAUCUUGAGGAAGUUUCAGACUACAGAUACGGGAUCUAACAGUGUAAUGUGGGCCGUUUACAGCAUUCCAUCUGUUGUCACUAAAUGUGCUUAAUUUCCAAUACAACUCCAACCUUUCAGUUAAACGAAACAAUGAGUAAACAUUUAUGAGUUGCUAAAUUUGAUAGUUGCGUAAUGUUAAGUUUUGUGGUGAACACGUCCCAGUUACAGAUCCAAGAAGAGUCUGUAGUAGUUAGAAACCUCCUAUCUGGUGUAAAGCUUUGUUACAUGAUUGAAUGUUCCCCUUGAUAGAGAUACAGUAGAUCUGGGUUAUUAAUCACUUUAAUCAUUCAUUGUAAGUUAUUCCACCCCAUGUGUGUGCUGUCUAUUAUUUCACUUCAGGGUAUUUGUUGUGCCUGACUGGAUGCUCUGCUUCUUUGUUUGUUUUGUCUGUGAAUUACACAAAUCUAAUAUAAUGAUAAUUCUGAAAAUAAUAUAAAUUACCGUAGUUAGCGUAAAUGUAUUUUAUAUGUGCACCAGCUGCAUUUGAUUGUUUGCUCGGAGGAAAUGAUUUUAUUGUGCUGGGGUGAGGUUCUGAAAGUUUUUGUAAGAUUGCUUCUGUUCGAUUUCAGUCUCCAGCCUUCUUGCUGAGCAGUCAGAUGUUGGCUUUUUAAAACAAAUUUGUUUUGUAGGUUUGUGCAGUCUGACACUGGUUAUGUGAUUUCUAAGGAGUUAGUAGUUGAAGUGUGUCGACUACAAGAGCCUUCCUCUAAGGCUUUAAGCUGCCCACCCCACCAGUCAUCUCAAUUAAUUUAACCUGACCUGCCCAGAGGGCAGAUUGAUUUACUGUUAAAAGGAAAAAAGCAGUGAAGUUGCAGGUUUUGUACUGCUUCAUGUUUUGUGUGCAACUAUUCCAAGAAGAUACUGUAAAUGUGAAUGUUUUGAACAAUGUCUGUAUUUAUUUCUUGCUUUGUGUCUUGGUUGAGUUUUUAUAUGAUAAUUACUGAAAGUGUGCUGUUAUUUAUCACCUCUCAGUAUCUGGUAACGCAUCGGCUGAAGCUAAUACAAAUAGAUAAACAUUGUCAAAUUAUGUUAAGGGUCAAGUGCACUAUAGUGAAAAUGAGUAAUCAGUGUUGGAACUGUAGGAUGAAGCAAAAUGAUUCUAACAUAUUAAACACUAACAAAUAGA